AUGGCAAGCGGAACGAGCGGACGAAAGCAAUCGGCAAGCUGGCUGCAACGGCAGGAGGAGCGGAAGAAGAUGGAGGCGAUCAGGCUGCUGGAGCGGGAGAUGCGGGAGAAGGAGGAGGCCGAGCGGACGGAGAAGAUCGAGAAGAUCAAGGCGCGCAAGCUCAAGCUCGCCGAGAAGCAACGCAUCGAACGGCUGGCCCUCAAGCUUAGCCAGAAGAAACUCAUGCGGCUCAAGAAACGCGAGGGCCGCACGAAGAAAAUCGCCGGCUGA